AUGGCGCUUGCUGGUUCUGAAAUGGAGCUUAAACUUCAAGCUAUAAACAACAAGAAAACCGCAAUUUCAAGAAGCUGGAUUUUACUUGACCGUGAUGGAAGAGACAUGGUACUUGAUGUGGAUAAGUAUGCUAUCAUGCGUCUGGUUGAAAUUCACGCAAGAGAUCUUCGAAUUAUGGAUCCUCUUCUUUCUUAUCCUUCUACCAUUCUUGGCAGAGAGAAAGUCAUUGUUCUUAAUCUAGAGCAUAUAAAAGCUAUUAUCACUGCUGAAGAAGUUUUGGUUAGAGACCCAAUGGAUGAGGACGUUGUGCCGGUUGUUGAAGAGCUUCGAAGAAGGUUACCGGUGAAAGUAAGUGCUGGUGGUCAAGGACAAGGAGAAGAAGAGUCGUGUGCGCAAGACGGUGGAGAAGAAGAUGAAUUUCCAUUUGAGUUUCGGGCGUUGGAAGUUGUAUUAGAGGCAACUUGUAGUUUCCUUGAUGCAAGGACAAGAGAGUUGGAGACUAAUGUUUAUCCAGCUUUGGAUGAACUAACUUCUAAGAUUAGUAGUCGUAAUUUGGAUAAAGUGCGGAAACUAAAAAGUGCGAUGACUAGGUUGACGAAUCGUGUUCAUAAGAUAAGAGAGGAACUAGAAAAUCUACUUGAUGACGACGACGACAUGGCUGAACUUUACUUAUCAAGAAAGUUAUCUGUUUCAUCCUCUCCCUCGCCGAGUAGCUCUGAUGGUCCCAAUUGGCAUUACAGUCCAAAUCAAGGUUCGAAAAUACACCGAUCAAGCAGAGGAAGCGCAGCAACACUUCACGGCGAAAAUGAUGUUGAAGAACUUGAAAUGUUACUAGAGGCCUAUUUCAUACAAAUUGAUGGUACAUUAAAUAAAUUAACCACGGUGCGAGAAUAUAUCGACGAUACAGAAGAUUACAUCAACAUACAACUUGAUAAUCAUCGAAAUCAACUGAUUCAGCUAGAAUUGUUCUUAAGUUCUGGGACUGUUUGUUUAUCAAUAUAUUCACUGGUGGCUGCGAUAUUUGGUAUGAAUAUUCCAUAUACAUGGAGAGAAGGGCACGGAUAUGUAUUUAAAUGGGUGGUGAUUCUUACGGGAAUGGCUUGUGGAUCAUUCUUUUUGUCAAUAGUAUCUUAUGCUCGACGCAAAGGUCUUGUUGGAUCUUGA